AUGUCGAGUCAGUAUCCCAUUCUUUCGAGCGGAGUAGGAGCGUCACGGAUGGUCUCACAUGGUCCAAUCAUUUCUUUCGAAUGUGGACCUCCGUCUCAAGUGUGUCAAGGGGCUCCUUUCCCUAUAAUUGUCAACGUGGCAUUUCUAGGCUCUGAGGAAAUGCAAAAAGGCGCGACCUUCGCGUUUAAUAUUUCUCUGGGCGAUAAUCGAGGCCACCUAUCUGGAAAGGGGCUCAGUGGAUCAUUGACCUCAUCUCUGGAGACCAUCAUGGAUGGUGGCUGUCAGCGAGUAGCGGCAUUCAAAGACAUAGCAAUUCAUGAAGUCGGCCGGCAUCGACUCCGAAUUCUGCUAGCAGCCGCUUUUAUGUUCCAAGUUACGGUCAUUGCGCGGCUUGAUUCUGAUUUUGUUGAAGUGCAGGCUGCAUGA